AUGGAUGUGUAUUUGUAUGAUGGAAAUGAAUAUGAAAGAAUUGAUAGAAUGAAAUAUAUAAAAGAAGAAGAAAAGAAAAUAAAUGAAGAAAUCAUUUCCAAUGAUAAGAAGAAUGUGAAAAUUAGAAAAGAAAAUAUUAAAGGAGUAGAAAUGAUGAUUAAACCAGAAAGUAAAUUAACAAUGAUAUUCAAUAAUAUUAAGAAAGAAGUAGAAAAGAAAGGAGAAAAUGAAAGAACAAUCAUUUUUAUUCCUAAUGGAACAAGUCAAGGAAAUGAAAGAAGAAUAGAAAAUUCAACAAAACUAGGAAGAUUAAAUAAUGUACAAAUCAUACGGAAAUAUCAUAUAAUUGAAAGAAUACUUUCAGAAGAAUAUAACAUAGAAACACCAAUCAUUAUCAUAGAAAAUACAGAAAUAACAUAUGGAAAUAUUAAAAAAGAAAAAGAUAAGAUAAAAAUAAGCAUAAUAAAUACUAUAAGAACAAACAAUAGAAUAGAAGAAAAUAAAGAAAUCAAUAGAAUAAUAACAGAAGAAAAAGAAGAGAAAGGAAUAAUAAUAAAUAAUAAAAUAAAACAAGAAAACAAAAUAAACACAAAAAGAUGGAGAUAUAAAGAAAUCAACGAAGAAACAUAUAUUAAAACAAUAAUAAAAAUGAUAGAGAAAGAAGAAGAUUCAGAAUAUUCAUCAGAAAGAGAAAUGAUAAUAAAUAUCAAAAGAAUAAUAUACAAUAAUAAAAUCAAUAAAGGAAUAAUUGGAAAAAGAAGAUUAGGAUAUAAUGAAAUAAUGAUAACAUCAAUGUAUUUUAAUAAUAUUAAAGAUUUUAUUAAUUUAGAAAUUGGAAUUAAAAGAUUUCAAGGAAAUAUGGAACGAUUUCAUUUUAAUCCAAUUUCUUUAAAUAAAUAUUCAAGAAAAUUAUUUCCUAAUAUUGAAACAUUUCAUAUUUAUAAUGAAGAAGAUGAAGAAUUUGAUGAUGGAAGAAUAACUAAAGAAAUAAUAUGGUAUGACAUUAGUUAUUCAAAAUAUUUAAAAAAGAAAGAAGCAGGAAAUAUCUGUAAAAAUAUAGAAUAUACGUAUCAAGAUAGAGAAGAAUAUGGAAACACAAUACCACCAGAAGUUAAAUCACUUGGAAAUGAAUGUUUUUCAAAGUGUUCAAUAACGUCCAUUGAUAUACCAUCAACAAUUAACAAAAUUGGAGAUGAAUGUUUUUAUGAAUGUGAUUCAUUAACAUCAAUUAAUAUACCAUCAACAAUCACAACAUUCGGAAGUCAUUGUUUUUAUGGAUGUAAUUCAUUAACAUCAAUUAAUAUACCAUCAAUAAUCAGUUCCAUAGGAGAUAGAUGUUUUGUUCAUUCUAUAUCAUUAACAUCAAUUAAUAUACCAUCAACAAUUACAUCAAUAGAAGAUAGUUGUUUUUAUGGAUGUUCAUCAUUAAAAUCAAUUAAUAUACCAAAAACAAUUAGAUCAGUAGGAAAUGAUUGCUUUUCAGGAUGUUCAUCAUUAACAUCAAUUAACAUACCAUCAACAAUUACAUCAGUAGGAUACAGAUGUCUUUAUGAAUGUUCAUCAUUAACAUCAAUCAAUAUUCCAUCAUCUGUUAGUGCAUUAGAACAUGGUCAUUUUUAUGGAUGUUCAUCAUUGACAUCAAUUAAUAUACCAUCGUCAAUAAGUGAAAUAGGAAAUUAUUGUUUUUAUGAAUGUAUAUCAUUAACAUCAAUUAAUAUACCAUCAUCUGUUAGUAAAAUAGGAGAUGAUUGUUUUUAUGGAUGUGAUUCAUUAACAUCAAUUAACAUACCAUCAACAAUUACAUCAAUAGGAUACAGAUGGUUUUAUGGAUGUAAAUCAUUAAAAUCAAUUAAUAUACCAUCAUCAAUUAUUAAAAUAGGAAAUGAAUGUUUUUAUGAAUGCUCAUCAUUAACUUCAAUUAACAUACCAUCAUCAAUUAUAUCAUUUGGGAGAUCAUGUUUCUAUGGAUGUGGAUGUGUUGAAGAAUUAAAACAAAAUAAAAGAAUACCAAGAUAUUGUUUUAAUGAAUAUUAG